AUGUCAGGCUUUCACGGGACUCAUGAUUCAUGUCCUUUGGUGAAGAACAUUCUUCUUCUAGACUCUGAAGGAAAGCGUGUGGCUGUCAAGUAUUACUCGGAUGACUGGGCAACUAAUGCUGCCAAGUUAAGUUUUGAAAAAUACGUAUUCUCGAAGACCUCUAAGACCAAUGCUCGCACAGAAGCUGAGAUCACACUGUUGGACAAUAAUAUUAUUGUCUAUAAGUUCACCCAGGACCUUCACUUCUUUGUUACUGGAGGUGAUAAUGAAAACGAGCUCAUCUUGUCUUCUGUUCUUCAAGGCUUUUUCGAUGCGGUUGCACUUCUUCUGAGGAACAAUGUGGAAAAGAUGGAAACCCUUGAGAACUUGGAUCUCAUCUUUCUCUGCCUCGAUGAAAUGGUCGAUCAGGGGGUGAUUCUUGAAACGGACCCGAACGUCAUUGCAGGGAAAGUAGCUAUGCAGAGCACAGAAGCUAGUGGUUCACUCUCUGAACAGACAUUAACUCAAGCACUGGCUACAGCUCGGGAGCAUCUAGCAAGAAGUCUACUUACAUGA